AUGCAAUACGUACAAGAGGAUGAUAUCCUCCUUCCACUAUACGUGGCACAGCAAAUUGACCAGGAAGCCUUUGUUAAUGCAUACUACCGAAGUUUUCGCCCUGAUCUACAACUGCCCCGUCUCAGAGACCUCUCUCCUCAAACCAAGGAUAACACAUUCUUCAUCCCAUAUCCGAAUUUGAACGAUGCAGAAAGUAACCCCCGUGACCCAUUCAUCUACACCGAGGAAGAAGACUGGACGGUUCCACUCUGGGUGAUUCUCCUCAAUGUACAUCAAACUCUUGCUGACCCCGUGUGCGAACAUUGUCUUAUCUACGAUACUCGCUCGCGGACGUUAGGUUUAUGGUUGAAAUCAUGA